AUGUCGCAUUGGCGCUAUGAGCUAUGCAUUACGUAUCCGUAUUAUGCAUCACUCAGCGGCGCCUGCACGUGGGAGGGCUAUGGACUACGCAUUACGUAUCCGUAUUAUGUAUCACUCAGCGGCGCCUGCAUGUGGGAGGGCUAUGGACUACGCAUUACGUAUCCGUAUUAUGUAUCACUCAGCGGCGCCUGCACGUGGGAGGGCUAUGGACUACGCAUUACGUAUCCGUAUUAUGUAUCAAGCGCCGAAAGCCCGCCGGAGAGGGCUAUGUACUACGCAUUACGUAUCCGCAUUAUGUAUCAAGCACCGAAAGCCCGCCGGAGAGGGCUAUGUACUACGCAUUACGUAUCCGUAUUAUGUAUCAAGCGCCGAAAGGGCUAUGUACUACGCAUUACGUAUCCGUACUAUCGCCGAAAGCCCGCCGGAGAGGGCUAUGUACUACGCAUUACGUAUCCGCAUUAUCGCCGAAAGCCCGCCGGAGAGGGCUAUGUACUACGCAUUACGUAUCCGUAUUGUGUAUUCAAGCGCCGAAAGCCCGCCGGAGAGGGCUAUGUACUACGCAUUACGUAUCCGUACUAUCGCCGAAAGCCCGCCGGAGAGGGCUAUGUACUACGCAUUACGUAUCCGUAUUGUGUAUUCAAGCGCCGCAACCCUCCGCCGGGUUGUGUGUGA